AUGGCUAGAAGGAGGAGCACUCGUGGGAAAGAUCCCGUCGAUGGGCUUACUGUGAUGGAUGUCUACAAAGCAGAAAACAACCCUGGGCUUGUGGUACAGCCAAUGAUGGAAAUCACUGGGGAACGGGUGGAGAGAUGGGGAGUUUUUGACGAGAAAUAUGACAAGAAAGUGGAGAACAUGAAACGUUUGUUGGAAGAAGGUUAUUGUUUCACGAAGGCUGAUUGGGGGGCGGCUGCUGGAAAAAAAAACAAAAGGCAAUUGAAGGAUGAAGAUGAAAGUGAUGGUGAACCUGUGCUUAAACAGCGUAGGAUGAGCGAGUACUAUGAACGUCUGGUUAUUGGAGAUAGGGAGAAACAAGCAGUAAUCGAGAGACGUUUGGAGGAAGUAUGCGAAGAGGUUGUAAAGCUUAAAGUUGUGACUGAGAAACAAGCGAAGAAGAUAGAUAAGCUGAAACAGAUUGUGGCAUCGAGAAGCGGAAUGAAAAGACGGAAGCUAAAAAAAAGGAACGUCAGGAAAGCAAAUGACACUGUUGUUCAUGCAGAUGGGGAUGGGACAGCUGUUUUGUUUCCAAGUGUGGGUGAAGGAGAAGGUGGAAUUCAGAAUCAGGGUGAUGAUGUUUUGAAUGAUGUGUCAAUGACUGGUACAAAGGAUUCAGAUGAGGGACUAGGGCGAGAGGAAUCCACGAGCCUGGUGAAGCUGGUUGGAGGGUUGAUAGCUGAAAUUGGCGACGUGGGAGAAGGAAACAGGAUUGAGGUUGUUGAGGUGGAUGUUGGGAUAGAAGCAAUCAAUAGGGUUGUUACUGAUGAUACACAGAACGAGAGUGAUGGAGACGUAAACGGUUUGCAACAACAGACAAGUUUACCCCAAUGUGAAGAGACUGAGAAAGAUGUGGCCGAGGGUGGGGGAAAAAGUGGACCAGGCAAGACAGAAAACAAAGUGGAGGAGGCGAAACAGAAAGUAGAGGGUACUUUGGUAAACAUCAAUGAACUGGUUGGGGGAGGUGCAUCCGAUGAUGUAUGCAAGGAUAAUGUGGAGAAGGUUACAUCGUCGGAGGAAAAGAAAGCUGUGUUAGAGAUCGGGGAAGUGGUAGGAGGUGAUGAGUGUGGUGUAUCGGACAAACGGUUGGAGGCUAAUGUGGCUGAGGAUGAGGAGAGUGGUAGUGGUGACGAACUUACUGAGGAAGAAGAGGUGGACAACGUAAAGGCACCUGUAAUGGAGCUUAGUGAUUCACCUAUAUUGAAGUCGGCGAAACAUCAGCCUGUGCCAGAAGAGGAGGAGUUGGCGGCGUUGUUGUUGGCUAGGAACCAGUACAAUGUUUCUGAUACUGUGCCGAUGAUUGAGGAUCCGGAUUAUCCUUUCUUUAAGAAAGUGUUGCAGGCUAAUAAGAAAGCGAUUCACCUCAAUGCCGGAGGGGAGAAUCUCGACAAUCAGUUCUUUUUGGAGUUAGCAACACCACAGAAAUGGGUGUCAAGCACGGUAUGGUGA